GAGCUUCUCGCGCACAGGUGAGUUCACCUGAGAGCCGAGACCGGAAACCAGACACCCGCGGUCAAAGAAGACGACUGGAAGAAAAACCACCGAAGAAGAAGCUGAGCGGGCGGAGCUGGUCGGAGCUGAUCGAUCAGAUGGAAGGUGACAUCUCAGUCACGUCAGCAAACAGGAAGUCUGCUGCGAUCACAGGAAGUGCGAGAAAGAUUAAAGACAACGCUGCCGACUGGCACAACAUGAUGCUGCGGUGGGACAGGUUGAAUGAGGACGGCUUCAUGGCGGCAGCAAGCAUCGUCAACAUGAGGCGUGCUCAGAGCGAUCAGCUGCUGCUCAACAAUUCUUCAUCGCCUCCACCCUCUUCCUCACCACAGCACGUGGGCGGAGCUUCUGAGCUGCAGGACAAAUGUCUCAAACUGCAGGAAAUCGUAGACAAAAUGGCUGCUGUGGUGACGAAGAUGGAUCGUCUGAUGACAUCACAGCGUGGAGUAGAGGAUCUGGAGGCGUUUCAGUUUGGAGCCGAAGGAAGAAAAACUCCUCUGUUUCACAGCUGGAGCACCAGAGAGUUCGGUGAAAUCUCUCAGGUGCUGCUGGACUCGUUCCGUCGGGAGCUCCUCUUGAAGCAGACAAUCCUGCAGGAAGUGGCUCACACAGUGACCUCUGACCUCUGCAUGGUCUUUCUGUCCGGCUGGCUCCAUCAGCCGUUCAUUCCCACGCAGAGCAGACUCAGGCUGGAGGCGUUGCUGCUGGAGACCGGGCACCGCCCACUGUGAGGCCAUCACCCAGCCAGAGGGAUGGAGCUCCGCCUACUUCCAAGGAAGCCCUGUCAGAGACGUGAAAGAGUCGCAACAGAGGAACGCCAGACUGAUCAGUGACUCUAUUGAUCAUCCAUUAAACCUGAUGCAGGUGUGACCCUGGCUCCACCCCAAUGAACGAGACUCACUCAGCCCCUUAUUUGUUUGAGAUCAAAGGCAAUAAACUGAUCAAUAGGUGACCUGUCAUCAGCACAGCAGAGCUCACCUGUUGCCUCACCUGUACUUGUGUGGCUUAAUUCUGAUGACAUCAUUAAUAUUAAACAUCUCCACAAA